AUGCCACUGCCACCUCUCAGUCUCGCACCCUACUAAAACUCUCUCUCUCUCUCUCUCUCUCUCUCUCUCUGCAAUUACAGAAGCUUCAGCAUUUCUCACUUCCCACCGUAAAUUGCAAUCCUAAUUCCCAAAUCUUGUCUCAACUGAGAAGUAAUCAUGUGCUCAUCUUGUGCACCCCCGUAUUCCUCUCUCUUCCUUCCCUCUUACACUUCCUUCCUUUUGCGACGUCGUACUUUCUCCCCAACCCUAAUUCUCUUGAAGCCCAAAGCCACAAGGCCUAGACUGCACCUCUCUGCUUCACUCGCCCAGAGAAACCUCGAACUUUCAUGGUUCCCUCCUGACCAAACUGCCAGCAACGACUAUGGCGGUUGGGCGCAUGUAGAGUCUCCGCUUCAACACAAAAAUCCAGGGUUGCCUGCAUUUGUGAUUGGGGGUAUUGGGGCUUCACUGGCUGCUAUAGUCGCUGCAAUUGCUUACUUCUCGCUAUCCAGAAAGGGUUUUAAGUUUCAAAUAACGAGUCCAUUGCACACUUUUCAUGGGAGUCCUGCUGAUACCAAACCAACAAACCAAGGAGCAUUGGAUGAGGAUGCCAUGAUAUCUGAGGCAAGCCCAGAGACUGUACCUACUUCUGUUAGCCAAAAUACUACUUCAGCAUCUACGGAGAAGCUUGAACGUAUUAUAAUCCCAGCUGCUGUGGAUUCUACUCAACAAGAAGCUCUAAAAGUCUUGAAGAAAUUGAAGAUCAUUGAAGAUGAUGUCAAGGCUGAUGAAUUGUGUACUAGAAGGGAGUAUGCAAGAUGGAUAGUUCGAAUAAACUCGUCAUUGGAGAGGUCUGCAAUUACUGCAUUUAAUGACGUGAGUGUCGAAGACCCGGAUUUUGGGUCCAUUCAAGCCCUGGCUGAGGCUGGUGUCAUUCCCAGCAAGUUAUCACAGAAGAGCUCCAAUUAUGACGGUCUAAAAGACCAUGGAAACAUCAAUUUUUCCCCUGAGAGGUUUAUCUCUCGACAAGAUCUGAUUGACUGGAAAGCCCAUUUGGAGUAUGACUUUUUGCCAGGAGUAAUAGAGAAGAUAUCAACAACAACAACAGUAGGUUUUAUGGAUGUGAAAGAGAUCAGUUCAGAAGCUCCAGCAGGACUAUAUACUGACAUGUUGGCAGAGGAUAAUAGCAUACUCAGAAAAGUUUUUGGACAGUGCAGGCGGUUUCAACCAAACAAACCUUCAACAAAAGCACAAGCAGCAGUGGCACUGGCAAGUGGCAGGAUCACAGAAGCAAUUGCUUCUGAAUUGUUGAGAAUAAAAGCUGAAAAUUCUGCAAGGAAGGCAGAGAUGGAAGAUAUCAGGUCCGAAUUGCUUGACAGAGAGGACAUACAGAGGUUUUGGAAUGAUAAACUGAAUGAAGAGAAAACCCGUGGUCUUGAGAUGGAGAAGGCUUAUCUUGCUGCCCUUAGUGAUUUGGAGCAGGAGAAGAUUUUACAAGAAAAGAAUUUUGCCGAGAUUUUGAAGGAGAAGGCAGCUAUGGAAUGUCAGAGGCAGUUACUUCUCAGUCUCAAGGAAGAGGUCAAUGAGAUAUCAGAAAAGCUUGCAUCCGAGAGGUCUACUUAUGUAGCCGAGAAGUGUGAUUUGCAGGAUAUGCUCAGUGAUUUGGAGACCAAGCAGGAAAGUAUGCUUGAUGCGAAAUCUAUACUCGAAGCUGAGAUAGAAGCUAUUCGGAUUCUUAGAUCUUGGGUAGAGGACGAAGCCAGAAAAAGCCAAGCCCGUGCCAAGGUACUCGAGGAGGUUGGACGAAGGUGGAAAUGGGAUAGCCAGGCGUGAUCAUCCUUGGCCCCUAUUGACUAGUUAUGUAAAAUCAUGAGUGGAGGGAUACACAAGGAAUUUCUGAUUGUUUUGCUGUGUACCAGGAUUUCCUUGUACAACUUUUGAAGGCGGGAUGCGAUUGGGAUGAGGAAUUUUAAUAAA